GAAACUCCACCGAGGUCAACUUCCAUUGUAGGUGUUUUAGGCUGCCUGCCGCCACAUACCAAAACAGCACAACCGUUGAUCUCUGUGUUGCAACUUUUCUCUUCUCAGACUUUAUAGUUAAGACGAAUAGAAAGCCAUGGCUGUCCACCAGCAGCAGAUCACCACUGUAACAACCACCCAGAGGUCGGGGGAAUGGAGCACAGGACUGUGUGACUGCUGCUCUGACAUGGGCACCUGUUGUUGUGCCUUGUGGUGCUUCCCCUGUCUUCAGUGUCAGACCGCCUCCCACUUCGGCUGGUGUCUCUGCAUGCCCCUCCUGGACCCAUGUGCCUUUAUGGCUGUCUCCUGCUGCAUGCGCUCCUCCAUGAGAGAACGCUACGGCAUCCAGGGUUCGACGUGUGGAGAUGUCGCAUUGGUGUGUUGCUGCUACGUCUGUACCUGGUGCCAGAUGGCCCGUGAGGUUAAGACGCAGACCACAUCAGGCCCCCAACAGGUUCACGUGGUCACCCAACAAGUUCACAUGGCUUAGGACCCCAAAAUGAGGGUAGGGACUAGAUGGCCAGUCUAGAAGGGUCUUAACUGCUGAGCAAGAACUACUGAGCAAGUGCUUUACUAACUUUUUGUUCCUUAUAAUGUUUAAAGGUUAAGGAUAGGGCUUACAGUUUGGGCUUGUGGUUGAAAAAUUGUACCAUUUCAUAAUUUCUAGCAUUGCCAAAUAGUGAUGGCCAAGAAAGAGGGCCAUAUCGGGAUAGAAUACCAUUCCAGUCUAUAGCAAACAUAUGUUGAAUGUACUGCAUAAUUCAGAUGUGUCUGUAGGAGAGACAUUUUAUAUAAUUUACUCAUCUCAUAGUAACCAUUGAAUGUUAAUCUCAGGCUUUAAAGGUCCAGUGCAGUCAAAAACGUGAUUUGUCUGUGUUUUAUAUAUAUUUCCACACUAUGAGGUUGGAAUAAUACUGUGAAAAUUAUGAUAAUGCCCUUUUAGUGUAAGAGCUGUGUAAAAAGACCUCCUGAAAUGUGCCCCUGUUUUGGUAGGAGGGAGUUUUGGCCUUCCAUGGUGACAUCACCAGGCUGUAAAUGAGUUAAUAGACCAAUAAGAAAGACAGUUCCAAACCUCUCUGCCAAGAACAGCAUAUUGUCAGUUUUCCCCUCCUCACUUAAACACACCCAGACAGUCCUAA